GGAGUUAGGUAAUGAUUUGUCAUCCUGAAAGCUUAGGGUAGUCGAACGGGAAACCCUGCCUGUGAUUGACAGCAGGCUUGCGGGGGCCCUGCCCGUCUCUGUUGACAGUAAUAAUGAAGCUUUGUCAAUCCCUAAUGGACAUGGAAAUGCCAGAUUACACCGCGUCUCUUGACUCGUCGUACACCAUGCUGGAGUUUGAGAACCUCCGGGUGCUGCCCACAAACUCAACAGCCGCCAUCGCAUCAGAGUCGAUCAAUGGCACCCUGCUCGGGAAUGAGAUUAGCACGCUGUGCGCCAUCUGCGGGGACCGCGCCACCGGGAAACAUUACGGCGCUGCCAGCUGCGACGGCUGCAAAGGAUUCUUCCGAAGGAGCGUCCGUAAGAAUCACGUCUACUCAUGCAGGUUCAGCCGGCAGUGCGUGAUAGACAAGGACAAAAGGAACCAGUGUCGGUACUGCAGGCUCAAGAAAUGCUUCCGAGCAGGAAUGAAGAAGGAAGCUGUGCAGAACGAGCGCGACAGGAUUAGCAUCCGCCGAAGCAGCUAUGAAGACAAUGGGGCUUUGUCCAUCACGGUGUUGACUCAAGCAGAGGCAAUGGCCCAGCAGUACUCGGCUCUCCGCCCAGUGCACAAUGCUGAUAUCGCCAUGAAGAAGAUCGCAACGAUCAACGACGUUUGCGAAUCGAUGAAGCAGCAACUCUUGGUCCUUGUCGAAUGGGCAAAAUAUAUCCCAGCAUUCUGUGAGCUUCCACUGGAUGACCAGGUCGCCUUGCUAAGAGCCCAUGCAGGAGAGCACUUACUGUUGGGAGUGGCAAAACGGUCGAUACCAUACACUGAUUUCCUACUAUUAGGAAAUGACUUCAUCAUUCCAAUGCAGUGCCCAGAGCUGGAAAUCGCUCGAGUGGCCAUUCGGAUCCUGGACGAACUGGUGAAGCCGCUGCGAGAAAUUCAGAUCGAUGAAAACGAAUACGCCUGCCUCAAAGCUAUUAUAUUCUUUGACCCAGACUGCAAAGGCCUCAGCGAAUCCGGGAAGGUGAAGAACAUGCGUUUCCAAGUGCAGGUGAACCUGGAAGAUUACAUCAACGACCGGCAGUACGAUUCACGAGGGCGCUUCAGCGACAUCCUCCUUCUCCUGCCCCCGCUCCAGAGCAUCACCUGGCAGAUGAUCGAGCAGGUCCAGUUUGUCAGGCUCUUUGGCAUGGCCCGGAUCGAUAGCUUGCUGCAGGAAAUGCUGCUGGGAGGGACGACCAUGGAGGUUCCACAAUACCCAUCAGGGCCUUCCAGCCUUAACGUUGAGCCUCUUCAAGGUCAUAUCGUGCUACCCAGCAACAUCGGCUCCGUCAUCCACACCAUCUCAGUCCCUUCUCCUGACGCAUCCCUUCCUUCUCCUUCCACCAGUACCGGAAGCGAAGAUUACAAGCUUGGCCCGAGUCACGGCACUGACGCAACUCCGACGCUUUUGCCGCAGGCAAUCAUACCCAAACAGGAGAUUCUAUAAAGCAGGAAGCCAUGGAAAUCGAUCACGACCUUACAAGUUUCUGUCUCUGAAAUCCAACCUGGUCUUCUUCUCACACUGGAAAGUCAACCACUGCCUCCAGAACCCGACUUCAGGACCCUUUUCUGCCACCCUCCAAAAUGGCAGCAUUCGGUGAAUACCUGAGGACUUUCCUGUUAACCUUUGUUUGUGUGUGUGUUUUACGUGGUUGGUGAUUUCCCUCCAUUAGAAUGCUGUGGUGUACAGAAAAUUCCUCCUAACUUCAUCUUGUUCAAGCUGAUUUGCUGUUAAUUGAGCUUAAAAUGGAAGUGAUGUCUAUGACAGA